GCAACACGCGAGCCUCGUCAAACGUUGAGUUCCAUACACCAACGAAUGUUCUCGAAGAGCGUCAGUGGCUGCUGAGAUAGGAAAGAGACGUUAGGAAAAUUAAAAAAAAAGUGUUGAAUUUAAUGACAAAAAAAUAUCUAACUAAUUAAAUAAUCAUAUUGGUGCUAAAAUCAUGAUACUACUUACUGACAUUAAACCGUUGUUCUACAUUAAUUUACUUUUUGGAAAUCCUCCACACGUUAUUUUCAAUAACAGCUUUGCCAUUACCAAAUUAGGAUCAAUAUGUUCUCUCCUGUGGUCCUCCGUAUUUUUAUGUUACGGAUACAAGAAAACUUUGUAUAUAGUUAAUGAUGCAAAUGAAAUAAGGUCGUUGAUACUGAAAGUGUUCCGUCUUUUUUUGGUCUUGUUGUGUAUAUUCAAUAACGUUGUUGUCGGUUAUUAUUCGCACAAGAAACUCUGCUGCGUUACCGAUAAUCUACGAAGUUACGACUUAGCCACGAAGAUUGGACAUACUGGAAAUCGUCGAAUUCGUUACACGAUGUGGACUUUGGUGACUGUGCGGAUUAUUUGUUGUAUUAUUGUGGGUUAUACUUAUCACCUGUAUCACGAACAUGAUUUCUUAAUUUUAUUUCGUAUGAUUGAGGUCGCGUGUUUCUUUUUGCAAAUUGACAAAUUUAUGGGAAUCGUGUUACUGCUGUACUCAAGAUUUCGACACCUGAAUGAACUCCUACUAACGAACGAUGUCCGUGUAAAUGUACACGUGAGAAGUGAUCGUGGAUUACGUCUACAAGAUGCAUGGUGGUUACAUAAUUGUUUGAUGGAUGCUGCAGAGAUCUUAAAUUCUACUUAUUCCAUGCAGCUUCUAUUUUGGAUCACUACUAUUACAGUUAACAUUACUUCUCGGAUCUAUAUUAUAAGCGAAGCAUGGUCAGAUGAAUAUAUAUCCAAAUUCCAAGACAAAUUUUUUACUGUAUAUGACAUAAUAACUCUUGUAACGCUUACAACGAUAUGCCACGUCACAGCUGACCAGGCUAACAAAAGUGGCCCAACAAUUUUCUCAUCGUCAUUAGCACCGUCUCGAAAAUUCGGUUUCGCUACGGAAAAUAUCGAGGUGGGUAUGUACUUUAAAUUAAGACAACUCGAAUUCUCAACUAACGGUGGCUCCAUUCGCGUGAAUCUGCCACUGUUACUUUCGAUCAGUGCUGGCAUUACUACGUUUCUGGUUAUACUAAGUUCAUGAACGAAACGGCCUUAAAAAGCGCCGCGAAUUUGCAUUGUUUCAUUUAUUAAAAGAUCAAGAAAUGGCCGUAGUUACUCGUACGCAAAAUUAAUGUCAGGAAAAAAAAUUUACUUUACCUACUUCACUUCCAAGAAGCUCCGAAGGCAAAACCACUUUAAUGAAAUUGUGCAAAAUUACUUGGAAGCUUGUGAAUUUCAAAUAAACCAAUCUUCGAUGUAAUCUGGUGAUUGUCAAGGAGGCCGCAAACAAAAUGCAUAUCGAUGGGCAAAUACAAGUAGUAUGAAAGCUUUUUCGUAUUAACCAGCGUACAAAGCUUCAGUUGUCAGAAGACUUUUCUUGAUACAGUAUCGAGUGACAGUGAAAGAAAUUCGAUAUAGGAGUAUAAAAAAAAAUGUUCUUUCGUCGAAUCUCAGCUCUUUUGUACUUGUCCCGAAUCUUCGGCUCUGUACCGUAUAAGAUUACGUCAUUAGAUUUGCAAAAAUCAAAAUGGGCACGUGCCUACUCUUUCUCUUUGAUAUUGUUAUAUAUUAUUCUAAUUUUAUUCGCGUACACUGACUUCCAUAUGCCACCUGAUAUGAGAGUUCUAGUGAUUAUACUUCAUGUGUUAAAGUUUUUAUCGUUGAUCGGUGACAUUUUAAUGUCUAUUGCAAUGUAUGGUGAUUUUCCAGUGAUAUUCAUGGAAAUGAAUCUUUUUGAUAAUCAAAUCAAUUAUCGUAUACCUAAUCUCAUAUCAAUUUAUUCAUUUAUAUAUCCAAUCUUAUUAGUUACUACUCCCAUUUUAUUUUUGAUCUGCACGUUUUUACAAUCUUAUGAAAAAAAUGUUAUUGAUCUUCGCCAACCUAGUAUUUUCAGUUACUUAAUAAUCAAUACUGUUAUUAAUGCAAGUAGUAUGAUAUUCGUGGUACUUAUGGAGUCUAUGCUGUCACGAUUUCGACAUUUGCAUCGUCUCGUACAGUCAGUAGGUUCUACGACACUCUUUGGUCCUGGAGAGGAAUUCUCAAACGAUCUGGGUCCACGUGACAUUUGGAAAUUAUACGAGCGCCUGGUUGCCACUACUGAAAAAAUAAAUGACCAUUAUUCCAUGCAGAUUUUAUUCUGGAUAUCCCACGCGUCUUGUUCAAUUAUUUGUCGAUGUUACAUUAUCUCGACGUCAGCAUUAGGAAAUGGGAGGUUAAACAUCAUUACCCAUGUUAUUGGUACAUUAUCACAACUUUUACUGGUUAUUUCAAUCAGCAGCGUAUGCCACUUCACUAUGCUUGAGGCAAACAGGAUCCCAGUUUCCUUAUUCUCCCCGAAAAUCUGGAUGCGGUAUCACGCGAGAGGCACGAUGGGGGACAACUCGGACGUUUGUAUGUACUUUGGAUUGAGGAAACUCAAAGUUAAAGCCGGAUUUGGCUUGGUUACACUCAAUCUACCUGCAAUAAUAUUGUUUAUCAGCUUAACAAGCACGUAUCUUCAGUUUGUGCUGAACGAGAACAUUGAGUAGCUCAAAAUGGCAGCGGAGGAACCCCUUGACCUGAGUUAAGGAUCGGGUGAAUGGGGAUGCGGCCGUGAAGGAUUCAAGAACUACGUUCCGAUUUUCUAAGGAACGCUGUAAACGAUGUUAGAUUUUACUAUGUAUAAUUAUUGUGCGGUUAAUUUAUUUUUAUCUCAACCGUUAUAACUUAAGCUAUUAAUCACUUUGAAUUGCUCUAUUAUUAGAUACGAGUUGCGUAAAAUAUUUUUAACUAUGAAAAAGAAACUCAAAUUCAAAGUCUUCUUUUGUGUGGUUCUUCGUUGAUAUAAUGAUAACGAUAUCGACUUUCUUCCUGGUGAUAAAAUAUACGUCGAGUCGUUCUAUUAUAUUAAGAAAAAUAUAAUAUUUUUAAUAACGAUACAGGCUUAAGGCACAUGUGAUGUGUUAGAUCUUUCCCUUUGAAAUAUAUAUUUAUUCACCCAGGAUUACGACGCACCCAACUUAGAUUCUGUAGAAUAGAAUAUUCAAAGGAUGUGUAAAUUUAAGAUUUGAUCUGUUAGCACUCAAUUAAGAAGUUAGUGAUAAGAGCAUCCUAUGAUGGUGGAAUUCAUUAAAAUUUUAAAUGUCUUGCUUAA